CAUUUUAAUUUCUCCGUUCGCGCCUUGGAGCUAAUCAGAGAGCGGCGGAGCGUUUCUGCCAGAGGAAGACUUCUAGCCCCCAGCCGCCCCCCAGCAGCUGCUAUUUUUUGAAUUUCGAUUUCAUUUGCCUUUAUCAAGGGCGAUACUGGGGCUGGGUGUUUGUGGGGGGCAUUGCAGCGCGUUGAUUAUGCAAAACACAAACAAAAAGUGGUCGUGCAGCAGCAGCUAAAAACAUAUAGCGGUAAACAUAUACCAUCGCCCGACGAGUACGAGUUCGAGUGCACAUUGAAACGAGUUUCAGUGGCUCUGCUGAUCGGAGACAGCGGCCAUGGAGUUCAUUAGCCAGUCCAUUCGGCAGGCGAGCAGACGCUUCCCCAGAUACGUACCCAGUCUCCGCAGAAGUCACUACUCCUCCAGCAGAAGCCCUGCCCCAAAUGAAAUUUCACAACUGAACUGUCGAAGAAUUCCCUCCGACCGGCAGGUAAACAGCUGCAGAACCAGCACCACCAUGGACACCACAAUUCACUCGGCGGGCAUAGCGGAGAUCCACAAUGUUCCGAUGGAGGUGAUCAAGCGACCCAUUCCCUCCGUUCUGGAUGAGAAGAAGGUGCAGUCGCUCAUGGACACCAUCCAGCGCGAAACCAGCGAGGACGAGGUGCCGCCCAUCGACCUGCUCUGGAUCACUGGGAGCGAGGGCGGCGACUACUACUUCAGCUUCGGGGGAUGUCACCGGUUCGAGGCUUACAAGCGGCUCCAGCGCGACACCAUCAAGGCGAAGCUGGUGCGCUCCACCCUGGGGGACCUGUACCACUACAUGGGCUCCAGUGCCCCCAAGUACCUCGCCUGAGAGCCGCUGGACCCACCUAUAACAUACACAUACGCACACAUAUUUUUUUAUGACAAAUGCACUUUCGUUCUGUUUUAUUUUUGAUAAGAAAAUCUUGUUUUACUCUUAAUGGUCAAAGUGUCUCAGUUAUCGCAUGAUAAAGUUGCAAAUUAACAGCCAAAACAAGUGUCGAAAACAAAGUCUUUGUUUUGCUCGCAGGAGAGCUUAUCGCCCGGGGUUCUAAAUUUGUUUACCUAAUCGCGGAUACUUUUAAAAAUGCACAUAAAUUACAGCACAAAAUAAAACCAUAUUUGACAAAACGA